GGUCCUCCGGGCUGUUGUCAGCGAGGGCGGGAGCCAAAGUGGCGUUUUAGUGCCUUUCCGGGGCUUUUCUGGCGACACUGUGUCCCGCGCUCUCGCUGUCCCCCGGUAGAUGCCCUCGUUGGGGGUGCGAGACUGUGGGAAAAGUUUAAGGUUUGUUCCUCCCAGGCGCGAUUGCGGGGGCGGGGGCGGGGGCGGCGGGCCGGGAGGCGAGGUGGCCUGCUCCUCUCCGCGUCCUCCGGGCUUCCCGGAGAAUAGUGCAAGUGACAGCCAGAAGUAGACUUUCGGUGCUCGCCCGCAGAACCCGGGCGGGCGGGCGGGUGGAGGAAGGAGAAGCCCCUGCUCCCCUUCUGCUUUCUGGAGACCUUGUCCGCAGUGAUUUUUCUUUUCUUUUUUAAGAGAUUCUCCAGUCACCACCUCGCCUCCCCAGCACCACCACAGUGUACAGCAGCUCCUAACGGGUUUUGCUUUGUUUUUACGACCCCCCCCCACGAAUCACUUGUCAGAUCAAUUUUAUCUUCUCCCUCCUCCCUACUUCCCACUCCCCCCUCCUCCCCCUCGAAAGCCCUGUUCUGUGAGGUUAGACAUCUUACAAACCAUACAUUUGUUGUUUUUCGAACUGUGAUUUUUUUUUUUUUAAUACCCUCUCCCAUGGCUACUCUUGUAGACGUUCAUUUCUGCCCUUCCCCCGCUUGGGGGGGGCGGGAAUAGGGGAAGAGAAAAUAAUACAAUUUCAGGGGAAGUCGCCUUCAGGUCUGCUGUUUCUUUCUUUUUUUUUUUAAUUAAAAAGAAGGGAUAUAGAAAACAUCAGUCUUGAACUUCACUUCAAGAACCCCGGGCUGCAAAGGAAAUCUCCUUUGUUUUUGUUAUUUAUAUGCUGUCAAGUUUUGAAGUGGUGAGUUUCAGGUGAUCUUUAGAGAGUGACUGAGUAUGGAUCAUUUGAACGAGGCAACUCAGGGGAAAGAACAUUCAGAAAUGUCUAACAAUGUGAGUGAUCCGAAGGGUCCACCAGCCAAGAUUGCCCGCCUGGAGCAGAACGGAAGCCCUCUAGGAAGAGGAAGGCUUGGGAGUACAGGUGCAAAAAUGCAGGGAGUGCCUUUAAAACACUCGGGCCAUCUGAUGAAAACCAACCUUAGGAAAGGAACCAUGCUACCAGUUUUCUGUGUGGUGGAACAUUAUGAAAACGCCAUUGAAUAUGAUUGCAAGGAGGAGCACGCGGAAUUUGUGUUGGUGCGAAAGGAUAUGCUUUUCAACCAGCUGAUAGAAAUGGCACUGCUGUCUCUAGGUUAUUCGCAUAGCUCUGCUGCCCAGGCCAAAGGGCUAAUCCAGGUUGGAAAGUGGAAUCCCGUUCCCCUGUCUUAUGUGACAGAUGCCCCUGAUGCCACCGUAGCAGAUAUGCUCCAAGAUGUAUAUCAUGUGGUCACCUUGAAAAUUCAGUUACACAGUUGCCCCAAACUAGAAGACUUGCCUCCUGAACAAUGGUCGCACACCACAGUAAGGAAUGCUCUGAAGGACUUACUCAAAGAUAUGAAUCAGAGUUCAUUGGCCAAGGAGUGCCCCCUUUCACAGAGUAUGAUUUCUUCCAUUGUGAACAGCACUUACUAUGCAAAUGUCUCAGCAGCAAAAUGUCAAGAAUUUGGAAGGUGGUACAAACAUUUCAAGAAGACAAAAGAUAUGAUGGUUGAAAUGGAUAGUCUCUCUGAACUAUCCCAGCAAGGGGCCAACCACGUCAACUUUGGCCAGCAGCCAGUCCCGGGAAACACAGCCGAGCAGCCUCCGUCUCCUGCGCAGCUCUCCCAUGGCAGCCAGCCCUCUGUGCGGACCCCUCUUCCAAACCUGCAUCCUGGGCUUGUAUCAACACCGAUCAGUCCUCAGUUGGUCAACCAGCAGCUGGUGAUGGCGCAGCUGCUGAACCAGCAGUAUGCAGUGAAUAGACUCUUAGCCCAGCAGUCCUUAAACCAACAAUACUUGAACCAUCCUCCCCCUGUCAGUAGAUCUAUGAAUAAGCCUUUGGAGCAGCAGGUUUCAACCAACACAGAGGUGUCUUCUGAAAUCUACCAGUGGGUUCGCGAUGAACUGAAACGAGCAGGAAUCUCCCAGGCAGUAUUUGCACGUGUGGCUUUUAACAGAACUCAGGGCUUGCUUUCCGAAAUCCUCCGGAAGGAAGAGGACCCCAAGACUGCAUCCCAGUCUUUGCUGGUAAACCUUCGGGCUAUGCAGAAUUUCUUGCAGUUACCAGAAGCUGAAAGAGACCGAAUAUACCAGGAUGAAAGGGAAAGGAGCUUGAACGCCGCCUCGGCCAUGGGUCCCGCUCCGCUGAUAAGCACACCGCCCAGCCGCCCGCCACAGGUGAAAACAGCUACAAUUGCCUCUGAGAGGAAUGGGAAACCAGAGAACAAUACCAUGAACAUUAAUGCUUCCAUUUAUGAUGAGAUUCAGCAGGAAAUGAAGCGUGCUAAAGUGUCCCAAGCACUGUUUGCAAAGGUUGCAGCAACCAAAAGCCAGGGAUGGCUGUGUGAGCUGUUACGCUGGAAGGAGGAUCCUUCACCUGAGAACAGGACCCUGUGGGAGAACCUGUCCAUGAUCCGGAGGUUCCUCAGCCUUCCUCAGCCAGAGCGGGAUGCCAUUUAUGAACAGGAGAGCAGUGCGGUGCAUCACCAUGGCGACAGGCCGCCCCACAUCAUCCAUGUUCCGGCAGAGCAGAUUCAGCAGCAGCAGCAACAGCAACAGCAGCAACAGCAGCAGCCCCCGGCCCCUCCGCAGCCGCAGCCCCAGCCCCAGGCGCAGGCAGGCCCCAGGCUUCCCCCGCGGCAGCCCACGGUGGCCUCACCCGCCGAGUCUGAUGAGGAGAACCGGCAGAAGACCCGGCCACGAACCAAAAUUUCAGUAGAAGCUCUGGGCAUCCUCCAGAGCUUUAUACAAGACGUGGGCCUGUACCCAGAUGAGGAAGCUAUCCAGACUCUGUCAGCCCAGCUCGACCUCCCCAAGUAUACCAUCAUCAAGUUCUUCCAGAACCAGCGGUACUACCUGAAGCACCAUGGCAAGCUGAAGGACAACUCCGGGCUGGAGGUGGAUGUGGCGGAAUAUAAAGAGGAGGAGUUGCUUAAGGAUUUAGAAGAGAGUGUCCUAGAUAAAAAUGCUAACACCCUUUUUUCGGUGAAGCUAGAAGAAGAGCUAUCCGUGGAAGGAAACACAGACAUUAAUGCUGAUCUGAAAGACUGAGAUUAAAGUAUUAUUUUCAUUCAACAGUGCCACUGGUAUUUACUAAUAAAAUGAAAGUCCAUCUUGUAUUUGUUCAGAAAACCUUUGUUGUUCAUUGUUUGGCCAAUGAAUCGUCAGAAACUUGCACAAGCAGAACAGUUGGGAAAGGCUAGUACAGACUGCACUAAAAGUUUUACUCUGUUUUAUAAACUGCGUGGCAGUCCCAGGUGAAGCAUCGAGGAUUGUUUGGUAUUAAAGUUUGUGUUCUGGGGGGGCACCAAGGCGUGUACCCCAUAAGCAUGAUACCAGAGAUUUUUUUUUAAAUUAUUAUUAUUCUGGAGCCUCAAACAAGCAUUAUAACUUCUGUGAUUAUGAUUUCCUAUCCUUCAGUUCUUUCUGUAACACUUCACACUGAUCUUUGAAAAUGCGCCCCUUAUUUUAAAAAAGAAAAAAAAAAAGAGUUUGCUACUCUAUUGUAUGUUACAAAAGAACUAUAGACUGUGGAAUGCAGUUUAAAGAUGACAUAUGCCAACAAAUGCCUUGUAUUAUAUGGCACUGCCGUAAUUCAAAUUUGUUUUUAUUUUGGGAAUAAAAGUUCACUGUAAUUGUUUUUUCAUUCUCAUUGUUACAAUUUUUUUUAAAAAAAAAAAGAAAAGAAAAUGUGAAUCAUGAUUUAGUCCUCAUUAUUUAUUUGUAGAUCCUGCAGCGUCAUGUUGUAAUUAAUUUUUUGGAAGUUUCCGUUAAAUGCAAUAUUGCUUCUCUUGUUACCAUACUAAUUCUUUUCUAUUUAUAAAUGUAUUUUGAUGGGCAGUAAAACAAAGUGUCUUAAAAGUUUUAAAUAGAGAAAAUGUGCUUUACACAGUUGCCUAUAAAAAGUGCUCUAUGUUAUCCAAGCAAUUCAUACUAUAAGCUUCACUCUUACUGUUGUAUGCAAUUUUUACUAUCAUGCAAAUAAGCUUAGGUAAAUAAACUAAUAGAUCACCUUAGAAAAUUAUGCAAUUAAUGUGAAAAUAAUUGAUGUUUGCAAUGUGUCUUCCUUUGGUUUACAAUCAAUUUUAAAGCUACAUCUGUAUAAAAUUUCUGUAUAAAGGUGUAUUUCUUUUUUAUGAGUUUAUGGCUAUGAAAACACCAGCUAUUUUGUUACAGCUGGCUGUUUUUAUAAGUGUAUCACAAUUUUCUUUAUGCAGAAAUGUUCUGAAUAGGAGUGGUUAUUGACUGUAACUACACAAUUAAAAUUGUUUGUAUGGUA